CUCUGGCACUCCAGGGCUGUACUUGCUGCACACUGGUCACAGGUUUGCUCCUGGUUGCAAGACUCAAGAAACAAAGAUGAAGCACUAUCUCUUCUUCGCAUUGCUGCUCUGUGGAGUCUUCACCACACAAGUCCUCUGCCUUUCAUAUGGGAAUAUUUCACUAGCUUGUGAAUCGAUGUUGCCAGACCACUCUGUUGAACCACAGGAAUCUGAAUCACCCUAUCACAUUUCUGUAUUAUCAGAUGAAUAUGACCCAGGAAAAGAAGUAAAAGUGAACAUAGAGGGAACACCUGAAGUUGGAUUUAAAUGGUUUAUGCUGCAGGCACGAGACAUUGAGGAAAACGUCCCAGUUGGUUCAUUUCACAUCACAGAUUCAAAUACACAGGGCCUUGACUGCUACAACCUUUCGAAUUCAGCAUUAAUUCAGACAAACGUAGAUAAGAAACAGAAUGUAACAGCACUUUGGGUUUCACCUGAUGCAAAAACCAUUCAAUUUAUAGCGACCAUUUUUCAAGAUCCUGAAACAUACUGGGUUGUUGUUCCCAGUGUAGUCCUGUUUCCCAGAAAUUUAAGUGAGGCAGCAGAUGAUUCCAACACUGGUGGUGAAUCUCAGCCAGGCCAAAUAUCACCCAAAAGCAGGAAGAAGGGUGGCAGUUACGCAAGCAGUAGUGAGUGUACCAAGAUAUAUCAGGGUUCCUCAUCCGGCACUUAUUCCGGCAGUCAGGGCGGCAUAGACUACAGUAGCAACUCAUAUGGACAGUCUGUUUCAACUGCAUCAGAUACCAAAAAGACUUUUCAGUAUCCUCCUAGCAAGCCCUACCCACCAGAACAACUUGCCAACUCUCACUAUAAGCAUAUUCAGAGCACUCAAUAUGGCGGCAAAGUACAGACCCAGAGUGGCCCAAAUGUGCGGGUCUGUGAUAAGACUUCAUCCUCCUACAACAUCCAAGCCUGUAAACAGAGUAUGCAGUCUUCCACAUCACAGAGCAGCAGUUCUUAUGGGUCACAGGGUGGAUCCUCUACUUCAUUUGGUGGCAGUGGCUCCUCUACUACAGUUGGUGGUGGCCGUGGUUCCUCAAAUUAUGGUGGCAGUACCGGAUCCUCAAAUUAUGGUGGCAGUACUGGAUCCUCAAAUUAUGGUGGCAGUACCGGAUCCUCAAGUUAUGGUGGUGGCAGGCCUUGUGGCCAGGGGUACACUUAUGAUGGCAAUACUUGCAAACAGCAGGGUGGAUCAUCCUCAUCUCAACAAAAUUAUGGAAGUAGCCAGGGUGGAUCAACAUCUCAACAAAGUUAUGGAAGCAAUACGGGUGGCUCAUCAUCCCAACAAAACUAUGGAAGUAGUCAGGGCGGAUCAUCGUUCCAGCCAAGUUAUGGAAGCAACCAGGGUGGAAGUUAUGGAAGCAACCAGGGUGGGUCAUCAUGGCAGCAAGGCUAUGGAAGCAGCCAGGGCGGUUCCAGUUCUCAAGGAAACCGCAAUCCUUGUGAUGGGGGCAGUUAUUCUGGUACAACAUAUAGCAGCAGCAACUGCCCACAGGGUGGAUCUUCCCAGCAAAGGUUCGGCAGCAACCAGCAGGGUUCCCAGACUUAUGGAGGAGGCUACAGCAGUAACGAUUGCAGUGUUGGUGAUGCCAAAAGUUACGGUGAAAAAGCUCUGAGCUCAUCAAACUGUAGAGGCAAAAGGGCUGCUGACGCUCAAGCUGCAGCUAAAGAUUUCAUCACAAAGAUUCAACAAGCUGCAUCUCGUGCUCUAAUACGAAAGACUCGUAGUGAAAAAGCGGCAUCUCGUGCUCUAGUACGAAAGGCACGAAGUGAAAAGAUCCGCACUCUAAUCAGAAAUGCUCGGAGUGAGAAAAAUGAAACGUCUACUUCGCAAAGCAAUAACAAUGGCCAGGAUGGAUCAUUUAUAUCUGCCUAUAGACGGGGAGAAUGUGUUUGCCCUGGUGCACAGGGCACUUUUUCUUACAAAUAUAGAGGUAGGAGAGAAGGGUCUUCCUCCUAUGGCAGCAGUUCUUAUGGCCAGGGUUCAUCUUCCACAUAUGGUGCUAGUGGGAGCUCUUAUGGACAGGGUGGAUCAUAUGGCAGUGGCAGCCCUGGAUCAUAUGGACAGGGUGGACCAUAUGUUGGCAGUGGUGCAUCAUAUGGACAGAGUGGACCAUAUGCUGGCAGCGGCACAUCUUAUGGACAGGGCGGACCAUAUGCUGGCAGCGGUACAUCAUAUGGACAGGGCGCACAGAGUGGAUCAUACAGUGGUGGCAGUGGAACAUAUGGGCAGGGUAGACCAAGUGGAACCUAUGGAAGUAGUAGUCAGUAUGGACAGGGUACGCCAUAUGGAAGCAGUUCUCAGUAUGGACAGGGUGCAUCAUAUGGAGGCAGUUCUCAAUAUGGACAGGGUGGACAGAGUGGGACAUAUGGUGGCACUACCCAAUAUGGACAGGGUGCAUCAUACGGAGGCAGUUCCCAAUAUGGACAGGGUAGACCAAGUGGGUCAUAUGGCAGCACCGGCCAAUAUGGACAGGGUGCACAAAGUGGAUAUGGUGGCACCACCCAAUAUGGACAGAGUGGAUCAUAUGGCAGUGGAUCAUAUGGGCAGGGUGGGCAGAGUGGCAGCAGUGGAUCCUCCGGGCAGGGUGGACAGAGUGGCAGCAGUGGAUCCUCCGGGCAGGGUGGACAGAGUGGCAGCAGUGGAUCCUCCGGGCAGGGUGGACAGAGUGGCAGCAGUGGAUCCUCCGGGCAGGGUGGACAGAGUGGCAGCAGUGGAUCCUCCGGGCAGGGUGGACAAAGUGGCAGCAGUGGAUCCUAUGGGCAGGGUCAACCAGGUGGAUCAUAUGGUGGCACCAGUGGAUCAUAUGGACAGAACUCCUCUUCCUUGGGUGGCAGUCAGACUAGUGGACAGGGAUCAUCAGGAGGAACCCAGUCUGGUAGUCAGGGUUCAUCAUCUUCUGGAAGCAGGCCAUCUGGAGGACAGACUGGCUGUUACUGCCCAGGCGGAGUUUCCGGAUCCUAUGGUAGACCAGGCAGCCAGUACGGUGGCAGACAAGGUUACAGCCAAUAUGGUGGAAACACGUACGGUGGUAGACAAGGAUAUCAUCAUGGAAGUAGCCAGUAUGGUAGUGGACGAUAUGGUGGCAGCCAAUAUGGGGGACAAGGUUACCAAAGCGGCCAGUCUCAGAUCAAAAAUGCUGCUGGGAAACAGCCGACCUCCAGCUUUUUGCUGCUUAUUGGUGUUUUGAGUGCCUUUGCAGUCUCUUCUUCAACUAUAUCUAAAUGGUUGAUAUGACAUCCUGAAGUCAUACCAAGAAAACAAAAUUGCCUUCUUCAACGUAACGCUACAUGGUUUAUUCUAAUAUGCAGCUAGACACUUCUUGUGCGGUGUCAAAACAAAAAUGUGCAAUGUAAAAUAAGUUUUUGUGCAGUUGGGCAUAUGUUGUUUCUUAAAAAGAAAAAGAUGAGGAAAAAUUAAAAAGAUAAAAUGAUGAAUAUUACUUUCUUUUCAUCUUCACAACCUUAUAUGUUAUGUAUAUAUUACAGCACUGAUUGUUUGACUAUCCAAAGCAUUUAUUUACACAUAUUGUACUCUACUUAAAACAGUGGCGUGCAUCCUACCACACUACUCAGCAAAUUUGGGAGCCUUCCUUGAACGGAAGUCGUUCUUCCAGGGGAAGACGAACCAGUUCCAUCUGAGGAAGGCUCUUCAGGCUGAAAUAAAGCUUCAAACAUUGCUAAGCAGUGUAGUAGGAUACAAACCAGUGUCUGGAAGGUAUUCCGCCAUUACCUAGGGUGCAAAAUAAAACAUAGAAAAGGAGAUUACCUUACUGUGCCCUGGUGUCCUCUCACAUUAAACUGAGUGUGUCAACAUUUUGUCCCCAGUGCUUACUGUUCCUCUUUGGCCAUUGAAGUGACUGCUCAGCCCUUCCUCUAGAGUUGCCAACCUCCAGAUGGGGCCUGGAGAUCUCCUGGAAUUACAACUGAUCAUCAGACAACAUGGAUCAGUUUCCGUAGAGAAAAUGGCUGCACUCUGGCACUCUCUGGUGUUACACCCCCACUGAUAGGGCUGCCAUGUCCCUGGUCAGGGCAGGGAAUCCCCAGUUCUCUGCUCCCGUUGCCCACUGUUGUUCUAAACAUGGCAGGAGAGAAAAAAAGUUAAAAACCUGCAGCAUCACAUCACUUCCAGUAAAAAAGUGGAAGUGA